CGGUUCACAAGAACGAGUCAGACGUCGCUAAUCAACAGCAGCAGCAGCAGCAACUGCCAGCCUCCAACAUCCGCCGUCCACCAUCACCUUCAGCAGCGCAGAGUCUCAGCGCUUCUCUCCUGUGAUUAACGCAGUGAUAGGAGAUAAGAUGGCCACCUCCUCCACCUCCUCCAAUCUGGAAGAAGAUGAGAGUCUGAAGGGCUGCGAGAUUUUCGUGCAGAAGCACAACGUCCAGCAGAUCCUGAAAGAGUGCAUUGUGAACCUGUGCAUCGCUAAGCCUGAGCGUCCUAUGAAGUUCCUGCGGGAGCACUUUGAGAAGCUGGAGAAGGAAGAAUGCAAGCAGAUUUUGGCCCGACAGAAGUCCAGUUCUCAGUCGGACUCCCAUGAUGACGAGGUUUCCCCUCCACCUCCAAACCCUGUGGUCAAGGCCCGGCGCAGGAGGGGCGGGGUCAGUGCCGAGGUUUACACAGAGGAGGAUGCGGUCAGCUACGUCCGGAAGGUCAUCCCGAAGGACUACAAGACGAUGACAGCCUUGGCUAAGGCCAUCUCUAAGAAUGUGCUGUUCGCCCAUCUGGAUGAUAAUGAGAGGAGUGAUAUAUUUGAUGCCAUGUUUCCUGUCACACACAUUGCUGGAGAAACAGUCAUCCAGCAAGGUGAUGAAGGAGACAACUUCUAUGUCAUUGAUCAAGGGGAAGUAGAUGUGUAUGUGAAUGGAGAGUGGGUGACUGGAAUAGGGGAGGGGGGCAGUUUUGGGGAGUUGGCUCUGAUCUACGGGACGCCCCGUGCCGCCACCGUUAAAGCCAAGACCGACCUGAAGCUGUGGGGAAUAGACCGGGACAGCUACCGCCGCAUACUCAUGGGCAGCACAUUAAGGAAGAGGAAGAUGUAUGAAGAGUUCCUGAGCAAGGUGUCUAUCCUCGAAUCUCUGGAGAAGUGGGAGAGGUUAACGGUGGCUGAUGCGUUGGAGCCGGUGCAGUUUGAAGAUGGCGAGAAGAUUGUAGUGCAAGGAGAACCAGGAGAUGACUUCUUCAUCAUCACAGAGGGUACAGCCUCUGUUCUGCAGCGCAGGUCUGAUAAUGAGGAAUAUGUGGAGGUGGGCCGUCUUGGACCGUCUGAUUAUUUUGGUGAGAUAGCGCUGCUGCUGAACCGUCCUCGUGCCGCCACCGUGGUGGCCCGGGGGCCGCUGAAGUGUGUGAAGCUGGACCGGCCCCGGUUCGAGCGCGUCCUCGGACCCUGCUCCGAAAUCCUGAAGAGGAACAUUCAGAGAUACAACAGCUUCAUCUCCCUGACCGUCUGACCCACGCAGCGGGCGGAGGGAGCUCACCAGCGGCCGGGGUGGGGGUGGGGGUGUUGUGGGUUGUGGGGGUCGGUGAUGGGGUGCAUGAAAUAGUUGAUGAUGAAGUCCCUGCGAGUUUCACUGUGUGUGUGUGUGUGUGUGUGUGCUGGAGGAGAGUUACAGUAGCAUAAAGUGGGAUUUCACUGAUGAGCUCUUUCAUGCCUCCUUUACCUACUUACGCGUGAGAGUGUCUGUGCCAUGGGGCGAAGAUACCACAGGAGAUACUGAUGAUGAUGAUGAUGAUGAUGAUGAUGAUGUAUAAGCUUUCUGCCUUCUAUUUUUUGCUUCUGCUUUUUUCUUAUUUGUUGUCGUUGUUGUUGUUUUUGUGAGCUCUUCACUUUUCUUGUGCACUUUGACCCGUGCUGUAGCUUUAUUUAUGAAUUAUGAGACCGGAGGAGGAGGACAGGAGAAGGAUAUUUGUAUGUUUAUGUAAAUUACAGUCUGGGUUAUGAGAACCAGGGACAAAGAAAUGAACACUUCAGAUUGUAUUGAGCGCAAAAGUCACGUCAACCUUAAAUUAUUUUAUUUCCAGUUGAAAUAGGCGAUAAAUACAGUUUAUAAAUGAUACAGAACACAUUAUGUCAGAUAUUUCAUGUCUUUGCACUUUAUUACAGUAUCACUCGUGUUUUCCAUUUUUGCCAUUUUUCACAUUUUCCAUUUAUUACUUUUUCACAUAAUGUGAAUUGUACAGUGGAUUUAUUUCAAAAUUACCUACAAUACAAUACAUUCCUUUUUAUUUAAUUCUCUGGGGUCAUCAAGUGCACCGGCUUGUCACAUUUACUGUAUUCACUGAAUUCACAUUUAAUUUCUGUUAAUGUAUUUGCAACAAUAGGUCAAAGAAAUACAGUUAAAACAUUUCCUCAAUCUAUAGAGUCUGCUCUUAUAAUCAAAUGUUUUUAUAUAUAUAUCGUAUGUGGCUCAUGUCCAGAGUUCAGGGUUUGAUUAUUUUUUUCACUGAAGAAGCAAGUUUAAUUGGAGGCUGCUUUUAAAUUCUAAAUUAAUUCUACAGUUAUACAAUAACAUAAUACCUUAGUGAUUUACUAAAUGUCUAUUAGUCAAUUCCUGAACUGCAGAUUUGACAUGUCGUUAGAUUUGGUGAAUCCCAGAGGGUUAAAGAGGGAUUGGGUAAGACCGUGCUUCACUGCAGCCUCAGCUUUCUGUUCUUGGCAGAUCAAAUUUAAUCCAACAUGGGUUUUUUUUUACAAAUCUAACCAGUGCAAAUUGACGAAAUUGAUCUGAAGUGAUUUUGAUUGAAAAUGAAAUCAAGAAAAGAGUGAUCUCUGGCUUUUGCACCAUGCUGUGUAUGUAUGAGCAGGGUUCUUUGACAGAAAUGAUGUAGGGAUGUGUGUUUAGAAGUGGCUGCACGUCGCCUUCACGCUUUGGCUUUAUGGUGCAGGUUUGCUUGCGCUCUGUUUUUGGGUUGAUAUGCUGUAUUUUUUUGUUUGUUUGUUUGUUUGUUUGCUUGUUUGUUUUUGGCUCUGACUCAGUGGUCAGCACCCAGGAUUUGUUCGCUGACCAUCGUUAAUCUGAGCCGUUUGGUGAUGUUUUCUUCUCUACCGCUCUGUAAAGCAACCUCAGUGCUUUUAAGCUGUGCUUCUACCAUUGGCUAAAGGGGGUUUGGUACUGAUCCUGGUAGUGCUAGUUUGAAGGAUAGGGGUGGGGUGGUGUUUGCAGUGUAACAGGGUUUUUUUCUAUAAUUGGGAAGGUGUGGGAGGGGUGGGGGGUUCUUGCUCAGUCCUGAUGUUUCAGAAAAGCUCAAAUUUUUCAUUGUCUUUUUCCCAACAUGCGAUAGUGUUAUGACUUUCAGUAGACACAGACACACACACACAAACAAACAAAAACACACACACAAUAUUUCAACACAAAACCAGGAGAGAUUUAAAGUGUGUGGAUUUUACGUUAGUGUUUCAGUUUGCACAGUUUUGAUGAGACGGGUGUUUUUGGAUCUUUUCAGUUCUGCACAGCAGAUGAGCUUCUGUACGGUGUGUUUCUGCCAACACACACACACACAUACACACACACACACGUACACUUAAAUACACACAUGUACACACUCAUUCCAUUUGUAAAGCCAAUAAAGAAAAGCUUCUGAACA